ACUUCCGCCUAAUACAGCGAUGUGGAACAAAGUAAUUUUCUCGGAACUGCUGAUGUAUUUAUUUUAAGACGGUCCUCUUCUGUCCUCUAUUGCGUGCCUUGUAGAUUACAGGUCACAUGACGUAAUCGAAGCACUCAGACAGGAAGCUGAAUAACCUUUUCGUCUUAUGUAACUCAAAAGUGUCCGUUGUCCCUUUUACAUUGCCCAUGGAAGCCAGUAUUCACCCCGGGGGUCAUUGUUAUAUACAAACAGCAUCACAGCGGAAUUGGGAGGGGGGUUGGGUGAAUUCUGCUUUCAGAGCACCUGCGUGUGGAAUAAUUCUGUUACCACCCUGUUGUUUGGAAAGCUAUCACCUGAGUAUUUCACUCAGUAUAUCAGACCAAAUUGUCUUAGACAAAGACAUUGUGAAUAUUGUGGAAAAUGUCAUUUAGCUCAAUAAUUUAAAAAAGAAAGCCUAAUAUCAUACGGGAAGUAAAACUCAGAAUGUACGUUUAUAUACAGUACAAAUUCUUGAGGUUUUAUUAUAGGUAGGAAUUUUACUUUGAAACUGGAUUGUUUAAAAUCAAACUUUUUUAGCCCAGGCUUGGGACUGGCAAGGGUUGGGUACUUGGUCAUUUGCUCAGAAUUGAACCUGCGUCCUCUGCUCAAAAGACAUGUAGGCUACCACUACAGCACCAGAAAACUGCUGUUCUGUAUAACAGCACAAAAAUGAUGGUGCAAAGUAAAUCCACGAAUUUUCUGACCUCUGAGGUCAUAUUGAAGCUAUACCAGGUGCGGCUGUUUAGAACUUGCCCUCCUGUCCUUUUGUGUUGAAAGUAAUUGUUGCGAUCUGACAUCGGCAUAUGGCCACACGUGCUUUGAGCUUCACGCAAAAAUACUGUUACUACUGUAGAUGAUGUAAUCUCUCAGGUCAACUUUGAUGCCCCCGCCUCGCCAUUUCUGACAUUUUCUUAAAUACAGAUGUACUGCUUGAUUUAUGGCUCUGAUACUACUCCUGAAGGUGGAAAUUUGACGUGACUUUGUCCUAUACAUGGGAUGACAGGAGAACGAAAUAGUAAUUUUCCAAGCAGUGUGAAAGGCGCUCCUGACGUGACGUUGGCCUCUCCAAGGGAGCACACCAUACAUUUUGAGGGUGUUCUCUUAUUCACAUUAUAGGGGGGGAAAAACAACAUUCCAGAACCAGAAUAGUGCAACAUUCUGGCAGGCUACAUACAAAGCAUGAUGGUACCAUAGUUAACAGUUAAUAUAUGAAAUUAAAACGAAUAAAGUCACAUAUUUACUGUAAGUCCAAAUUUAUGAGCACAUUCAAUGACUGAAGGAAUCAAAAUAAGAUGUUUGGUUCAGGGAACAAUGAAGCUCCAUUGGCAAAGAAAAUAAAAAGCAAGCACUUGCUACAUGUUCUGGUACUUGUUGGUCUUUCAUAUAAUCACCUCCAAAGAAUUAGCCUUAAGCUGCAACCUUGUGACUUUGUGUCGUUUUCUGGAACAGUUGUCUUCAUAAGGGUCGCGGUUGGGUUGGGACCUAUACCCUAACUUGACUUUGUCUAAGAGGCAGGGUACGUCCUGGACUGAAUUCCAGUCAAUCACAAAAUAAGGGUAGUCGUGAAACGAAUUAAUCUAUUCCACAGUAAAAUAAUAGCUGGCUUUGUUUAUAAAAUGUCAGACAUAUAAGAUAAGAAUUUAUUUUAAAUGUAGGUUGACACUUUUUUUUGUAUUAAACAUAGUUUAAGCAUGCAAAUUCAAAGUGGUGUUUCUAGCCAGGUUUAUGGUUUCAAGGUAAUAUUUUAAACGUAAAUAUACUUCUGAUGGUGCCCUGCCAAAUACAGCUCUUUUAUUGGCACUCGUUACACGAAACACUCGUGGCAGGUGAGUGCAUCUGACCUGUUGCUUGCUUCCGCUCUCUCACCCGCGACAAUUUUCCAUAACUACAGUACGUCGUUUCCAUGGAGACGCUGUUGUCGUGACGACAAGACGCGGGCACACCAAAAUCUCGUUCAAUUCUAAUUUGUUUACAAGUUCUUCAAGCGUCGUCUCAAUUUGCAAGCGACCGUUUUUCAACUCUAUACUUUAAUAAUUCGUUUUAAAAGGACACCACAAAUUGGAAAGUAAACAAGCGGUUCAUGAAAACCAGCGAGCGUAGCAAUAAGUGGCGUGAUGCUACGUACUUAUGUUUAGCUUUAUGUUUUCAACAGUUGGCAUUAGCUAACGCAACUUUACAGGGUUGUCCAUGUAUAACAGAAAAGGGUCAGCAGAGUCAGAAAUGACGCCUGCUGCCAGUGCGAGGAAAUUCAUAAAGAAACCAUCCACGUACCACUUGACCAUUGCCACAGAGCUUCCAGAGAACACCAAUUGCCUGGCCUCUUCAGAUGACGGCACAUACCUUAGCCUGGGUCACUCUGGCGGCUUUUCUGUGUGGCAUGCGAGUACUCUGAGCAGUGAGUCCGUGUGGCUGCAAGACAAACUGGAGAUUACUUCCAUUCACAUGACCCGCAUCAGUGAAACUGCCUAUUUGCUUGGCACGAUUGACGAUAUGGGUGUUGCCAGAGUCUUUGUGUAUAACUUGGAAGGCAUUUUUCCCUUUAGUGUUAUUAACUUGCUGGAUGAUAUAAACAAGAGAAGUGUUUGCUUGUCCUUUGAAAUAUCUAAAGGAGGCGAACAUGGCGCUAUAAUAAUGAGGUGCAACAGUGAAAUUUGGCUCGAAAUCUAUUACUUUCCCAUCCAGGACUGGCUGAGAGAGUUAAAGGAUCCCAAAAUUUCAGCGAACAUGAAAUGGUCAGCUGCUGUUCGUGUCAAUAGAGUCAAUCCAUCAACGGCAGCAACCGCGACAGAGUUCCCCACCAUCAUGUCUCACUUUUUAGUUUUGGAUGAAACGAGCGAGCCGCCGAGACAAUGCACUCCACACUUUCUUCUGCGCUGUGGUCACUCUUGUGAAAAGAAUAAAGCAAAGCCAGGAUCCCCGCACGCUGUUUGUUUUUGGUGGAACGGAAGUUACAAUCUUCUCUACCUGCCGCUAUCCAAAACGCCAAAGGCCAAGCACGAUCCUGAACCGUGCCCAUUGGUGCUGUGGCCCAACGCAGCUGAAAUCAUCUGCUCCGCUGUCAGUCGGUGCACUCGUUUCAUUGCGCUUGGCCUCAGCAAUGAUUUGCUGUGUGUCUGGGACAGGCUGUCUGGCUCUCCGUUGUCCAUCUCAGGAGUCUCAACAGACAGUGCCUUCCUCAGGCUGCAAUUUGUGGAUUACUGGCCUGCGUGCCAUGAUAAUACCCAGGCUUUAAUCGCGGGUGAAAUCCACCUCGUGACGCUUUGCGAGAGCGGCGCCGUUCACGUCAUAAGCACGGGCCGAGGAGCAGCAACCCGCACUGAGCAGCUCUCUCCAAGGCCAAAAGACUGUGGCGACCUGCCGACGGUUAUUGCAUCAGUGUCCUUCCUUCAGGGCCUGUCACUGUCGGUGCACCGAAAUGGGAAAAUGUUCCUGCAAGAUGUCGUCAACACAGCCACGGUGUGCGUCUUGAACCUUCCUGCUCAUCAUCAGCUGGCUCCCCCCUCCAAUCCCAUUUAUUCUCUGAAUGUCAAUCAGCGAAUUCUCUUCAUACGAGCUGACCAGCAGCCCAUCCCCGGCACUUCCUCCCUCGACGACCAUCAUCAGAGUCAACUGCUCAUGCUGCGUUUUGAUGAGCAUGACGCCAUCAAGCCGUAUAUUGUUUCAUAUCCAGAAUCUCCGUGGCAACAAAAAACAAGCGUAAUUACCGGAGAGGAUGCCUGCAACUUGUAUCUCCAGCAAAGAGCGCUGUCAAUGGAUGAGAGGCACAAAGCUAUAACGCAGACUUGGAAGCGACUGCGGUGUGCCACCACCACAUAAAAGCGUAACGGACAGCAAGUCAUUUCUAUUUUACUCAGAUGUGACAUUUUCAUGGGAACCAGACGUAUUGUUGUAACUUGGACUGACUAAUUGAAUUGCUUCCAUGACCAAGCUUGCAACUCAAUUUAUUUCUUUGGUAUAGCAAAUCAUUUUUUCCCCCCUUCAAUGCCAUUAACCUGUUCCAGCCCAUAUUUCAAUUCAGUUAGUUCAGUUUUAAAUGAUUCAGCACAGUAGCAUGCCAAUGAAUGUGUCUGUUCUGGUUCAAUGGCACGUUGUUCCAACAUGGUCUCUGUUGGAAAAUCAAAUUCUCAUUUCAAGUCAUUGCGCUUGAUACCUCAGCUUCAGAGAUUCAUUCAUUAUUCGCAUUUUUACAUGGUUCAUUCGCUGUAUGAGACUGCAAGGUAAUGGGAUCAGAUAAGGAUUUUUCAUUUGUGCUCAAAAACCAAGUACCGGCCGGGUAUGUAUUUGGAGAGGUAUACAGUUGUUGCCAAAGUUCUGCAAAGUCGUCGAGAAGGUAAUAAAAGGUGCCUGAGUCAAAAA